AUGAGUAUCACGACAAAAACCGCGAGCGAAACGCAAAAAACCCAUCUCCCCUUGACGACGACAUUCACGCCGCCGGACUCAUGCAUCAGCAACCCUUGGCUCGCUAGUACUAGUGGAAAGACGUGGAUGAACCUGGGGCCGAUAAGUCGAUCGGAAUGCCUGCCAUCUGGAUGGCAAAAGACGGAUUAUUUUUCGCCAGGAAUCUGCCCUACGGGUUAUGCCAUCGCUGCCAGCGGUACCGUGAUUGAUGGGACACGCACCGAGACUGCGGCCACCUGCUGUCCAAGCUUCGGCGACCAGAAGUAUUCGACUCGAACAUCGUCUACCAUCUCCGAGUCGAUAGACUGCCUGUGGGCACCGGGUCCCGACGUCACCACCGAAUUCAAGUACACCUGGACCGAUGAUGACGGAAUCACGUCGAGCGCGGAUAGCUCGUUGAGCAGCGACGGCCACAUCAACGCCUACGGCGUCUACAUCCGAUGGCAGUCCAGCGAUUUUAGCACUCCUCCGGCCACGACGCCGGUAUCGAACACCGCUACCACCACCACAGCUGCUGCUACCACAUCUGCUACGGCCUCUCAAACCUCCACAGACCCCUCGAGCUCGUCAGGGCUCUCAAGCGGGGCCAAAGCGGGUAUUGGCGUUGGUGUCGCCGUGGGGGCUGUUCUCGCGAUCGCGGCCCUUGCGCUCUUCUUGAUUCGGCGACGAAGGAACGGACCGGCCCAGUAUCAGCAGAGUCAUGAUGAAGGGCCUAUAGCAAGAUCGGCGUAUGGCCCACCAAGCGAGAUGCCAACGCCAAACACGGAGGACCCGACGAAGUAUGCAGUUGAGCUGCCUGCAUCAACAGACAUGCCUGAGCUGGACGGGACGAGAAAAUGA